AUGGAUACCGCAGCAGGCUGCACCUUUGACGAGGAUUCUGAGCCCAGUCUGUGUGACUUCACCCAAGCGGAGGAGGAUGACUUUGACUGGCAGCCUUUCAGGACACACAACUCACCCUAUGCCUCUGACCUCCUGUGUGGUUCAUAUAUGCUGGUGAACUCUUCCCAGCAUGCUGCAGGGCAUCGCGCCCAGCUCCUGCUGCAGACGCUGAGUGAAAACGACACACACUGCGUCCAGUUCAGCUACUUCCUGUACAGCCGCGAUGGCCACAGUCCAGGGGCACUGCGGGCGUACGUUCGGGUCAACGGCGGCCCGCUGGGUAGCCCAGUAUGGAACACGUCGGGGUCCCACGGACGACAGUGGCACCAAGUGGAGCUGGCUGUCAGCACCUUCUGGCCCAAUGAGUACCAGGUCCUGAUCGAAGCGACUGUUUCCAGGGAGCGGCGAGGCUACAUCGCCAUUGAUGACAUCAUGCUCCUGACCUAUCCCUGUUAUAAGGCGCCCCACUUCUCCCGGCUGGGGGAUGAGGAGGUCAACACUGGGCAGAAUGCCACCUUCCAGUGUGUGGCAUCGGGCCGGGCAUCGGAAGCUGAGAAGUUCCUACUGGAGAGGCACAGUGGGGACGUGACAUCUACAGCCUUGGUCAAGCACCUGAGUCACCGGCGCUUUGUGGCGUCAUUACAGGUGGACAGUGUGCAGUGCAACAACCAGGACCUGUACCGAUGUGUCACCCAGUCCUCCAGGGGCUCUGGGGUCUCCAACUUCGCUGAACUCAUCGUCAAAGUUCCUCCCUCCCCUAUCGCGCCCCCACAGCUGCUGCGAGCGGGCUCCACAUAUCUGAUCAUCCAGCUCAACACCAACUCCAUCCUGGGAGAUGGCCCUAUUAUCAGGAAGGAGAUUGAGUACCGGGCCAGCCAAUCACCUUGGUCCGAGGUCCAUGGGGUCAACAUGGUCACCUACAAGCUGUGGCACCUGGACCCAGACACAGAGUAUCACAUUAGUGUGUUGCUGAGCCGGCCCGGAGAGGGCGGCACCGGACCACCUGGACCACCCCUCGUCAGCAGGACUAAGUGUGCAGAACCCACACGGGCCUUGCGAAGUCUCACAGCCUCAGAGAUCCAGUCCAGGCAGCUGACCCUGCAGUGGGAGACACUGGCCUACAACUUGACCCGCUGCCACACCUACUCUGUGUCCCUGUGCUACCGCUAUGCCACCGCAGGGGGUGGCGGUGGGCACAACACUACUGUGCGUGAGUGCCUGGCGGUUGAGCACAAUGCCUCACGCUUCACCCUGCGCGACCUGCCAGCCUACCACUCCAUCCAGGUCCGUUUGGCGCUCGCCAACCCUGAGGGCAAGAAGGAGGGUCGGGAAGUCACCUUCCAGACUGAAGAGGACAUUCCCGGUGGCAUCACCCCUGAAUCGCUGACCUUCACCCCCCUGGAAGACAUGAUCUUCCUCAAGUGGGAGGAGCCAGUGGAACCCAAUGGUCUCAUCACCCAGUAUGAGAUCAGCUAUCAGAGCAUUGAGUCGUCUGACCCAGGCAUCAAUGUGCCAGGACCUAGGAGAACAGUGUCGAAGCUGAGGAAUGAGACCUAUCACAUGUUCUCCAACCUUCACCCUGGCACCACAUAUCUGAUUUCUGUCCGUGCCCGCACAACCAAGGGCUUCGGCCAGACCGCCCUAACUGAGAUCACCACCAACAUUUCUGCUCCAAUGUUUGACUAUGGAGACAUGCUGUCCCCUCUGAGUGAAACUGAGAGCACGAUCACUGUGUUGCUUCGCCCCGCCCUGGGCAGGGGAGCACCCGUCAGUACGUACCAGGUUGUGGUAGAGGAGGAGAGUGACAGGAAGGUGAAGAGGGAACUGGAGGUUCAGGACUGUUACCCUCUGCCCAUGUCCCAUGGGGAGGCCCAGGCCAGAGGGACCCCCCACUACUACACGGCCGAGCUGCUUCCCAGCAGCCUGCCUGAAGCCAGCCCCUUCACCGUGGGGGACAACCACACCUACAAUAGCUACUGGAACACCCCGCUGGACCCCCGCAAGAGCUACCUCGUCUACUUCCAGGCCAUGAGCAACUUCAGAGGGGAAAGCAGAAUAAACUGCAUCCGAAUAGGCCGCAAAGCGGCCUGUAAGGACCACCGGCGGGCUCUGGAGGUGUCCCAACACUCAGAGGAGAUGGGGCUGAUCCUGGGGGUGUGUGCUGGGGGCCUGGUGGUGCUCAUCCUGCUCCUGGGGGCCAUCAUCAUCAUCAUCAUCAGGAAGGGGAAACCAGUGAACAUCAAUAAGACACCCAUAACGUACCGUCAGGAGAAGAGUAACAUGGGUUCGAUGGAGCGCAGUUUCACUGACCAGAGUACCCUGCAGGAGGAUGAGCGUGUGGCCCUCUCUGCAGGACGCAUGGCACACACCUGCAGCAUGCGCGGUGAGCAGUGUAGCUCAGUGAACGAGUCCAGUAGUCUCCUGGGGGGUUUGCCGCGACGCCAGUGUGUGCGUAAGGGCUCACCCUACCACACCGGUCAGCUCCACCCUGCUGUGCGCGUGGCUGACCUUCUCCAGCACAUCAACCAGAUGAAAACUGCAGAGGGGUACGGCUUCAAACAGGAGUACGAGAGCUUCUUUGAUGGCUGGGACUGCACCAAAAAUAAGGACAAAACUAAAGGGAGUCGGACACAACAACCUUUACCUGUGACUUACAACCGCCACAGAGUCAAGCUCCACCCACUCCUGGGAGACCCCAACUCCGACUACAUCAACGCCAACUACAUAGACAUUCGGAUUAACAGGGAAGGCUACCAUCGAUCCAACCACUUCAUAGCCACUCAGGGGCCCAAACAGGAGACAGUGUAUGACUUCUGGAGGAUGGUGUGGCAGGAGAACUGCUUCAGCAUCGUCAUGAUCACUAAACUGGUAGAGAUAGGCAGGGUGAAAUGCUGUAAAUACUGGCCUGAUGUCAGUGAGAUGUAUGGAGACAUCAAGAUUACACUGCUGAAGCUGGAAACACUUUCAGAGUACACAGUUCGUACUUUUGCCUUGGAGAGGAUGGGCAACUCAGCUAAACACGAGGUGCGUCAGUUCCACUUCACGUCCUGGCCGGAGCAUGGGGUUCCCUACCACGCCACAGGCCUGCUGGCCUUCAUACGACGGGUCAAAGUAUCCACGCCACCCGAUGCUGGACCUGUGGUCGUCCACUGCAGUGUGGGGGCAGGCUGCUACAUCGUGCUGGACGUCAUGCUGGACAUGGCCGAGUGUGAGGGUGUGGUGGACAUCUACAACUGUGUCAAAACCCUCUGCUCACGAAGCAUUAACAUGAUCCAGACAGAGGAGCAGUACAUAUUUAUCCAUGAUGCCAUCCUGGAGGCUUGUCUGUGUGGAGAGACUGCAAUCUUGGUGAAUGAGUUUGCACUCAUCUACAAAGACAUGCUGCGGUUGGACUCUCAGAGCAACUCCUCCCAGCUACGAGAUGAGUUCCAGACGUUGAACUCGGUCACCCCUCACCUGGACGUGGAGGAGUGCAGCAUCGCCCUGCUCCCCAGGAACCGGGAGAAGAACCGCAGCAUGGACGUGCUGCCGCCCGACCGCGUCCUGGCAUUCCUGGUCACCACCGAGGGCGAGAGCAACAACUACAUCAACGCGGCACUCACUGACAGCUUCCACCAGCCCGCCGCUUUCAUCGUCACCCCUCACCCGCUCCCCGGCACCACCGCCGACUUCUGGAGGUUGGUGUUCGACUACGGCUGCACCUCGGUGGUCAUGCUCAACCAGCUCAACCAGUCCAACUCUGCCUGGCCCUGUGUCCAGUACUGGCCAGAGCCUGGUCUACAGCAGUAUGGGCCAAUGGAGGUUGAGUUCCUGUCCACGUCAGCUGACGACAACGUCAUCACUCGUCUGUUCUGUGUCAAAAAUGUGACAAGGGAGGGCCAGCUGGUAGUGUGUCAGUUCCAGUUUCUGCGCUGGUCAGCCUACCGCGACGUGCCCGACUCCAAGAAGGCCUUCCUCAGCCUACUGACUCGCGUGCACAAGUGGCAGAGGGAGUGUGGAGAUGGCCGCACCGUUGUCCACUGCCUGAAUGGCGGUGGGCGCAGUGGGACAUUCUGUGCCAGCACCAUCCUGCUGGAGAUGAUCCAGUACCAGAACAUGGUGGACAUCUUCUACUCCAUCAAGACGCUCCGCAACUCCAAACCCAACAUGGUGGAGUCACUGGACCAAUACCGAUUCUGCUACGACCUUAUCCUGGAGUACUUGGACUGCAUAGAAGAUAGCAUGAGAUAGCAAUGUUCCAUAGCUGGUGCAUCUCGUGGGCUGUGACUGCUGACUGGGUUACAUACCCUGUGACCCCCUCAACAUUUACUUUAUUGUUUGG